AUGUUGCCCCUUCAGAACAUGCUGUUCGAAUGGUCUUCACCAUCCAUUGCGAGCAGCAGCAACAAUAAUGGAGGAAGCAGUAGAAUUCUAGCCACAUCUGCCCGAAGACCAAGAGUGGUGAUUUCCGAGAUUUCCCUACGUCCGGUGGGCCACUUCAAAAGGGGGUUCUUUGACCAUUUGAAGCCUCGUGCUUUUAUUUUGGGUUCAAUACGAGUGACCACUCAACAAGGAGCCCUAAUCAUGGCAAACUUCAUGACGGAACAAUUGGACGGUGACAUGAAGCGCCAAGAAAAGGUCAAGAAAGGAGAAUUGACCCAACGAGAAGCGGAUGAAGAGGCCGACAAGUGGGAAACGGAGGAAUGGGAAAAGAAGUGGUCUUCUCUGCAAAGCAAGGCAGUCGUUGCCUUUGCCAAGUUUCAUGCCGUCACAUUAGUGAUGCGCUUGUAUGAAAAGAUUGCAGCCAAAUACUACGACGAGGUCCGCAUGGAUAAAUUGACAAUGGAUCCUUUCACGGCUUCCCUCACAAUGUCGGCCAAGGGCGAGACGAAAUCAGAGGUGAUGCAUUCCAUGUUCCACACCACCUUUUCUGCCAAUCUGAUUGCUUACAUGGCAGACUACAGCGUCCACCAAGCAAUUCUCUUUUAUGGUUACUACAUUUAUAUCAGGGACCGACGAAAGAAGAGAUUGCAAGAAGGCGAAGGAGAAGAUAAGGAAGGAUUCAAUGGUGCCUUGGCAACUUCCAUGCUCAAGAAAUCCACACAACUGGCCAUCUCUCGUGGAUUUGGCCUGGUUUGCACAGCGAUUGGAGGUGGAGUCGGGACAAUCUUGUGGCCCGGUUGGGGAGCCAUCCUCGUUGGUAACAUGGGUGACAGUGUGGGGAGUAUGGUGUUGGACGAUGGCACUUCCAAAAAGUAA